AUGAUAUAAUCUGACGACGAUGAUGAUAGCGAUGAUGAUAGCUGAUAGUGAUGAUCACGAUGAUGACGAUAAUGAUGACAGCAUUGAUGACAGCGAUGAUGAUAGUGAUGAUAGCGAUGAUGAUGAUGAUAAUAGCAGUGAUAGUGAUGAUAGCUGAUGAUGAUGAUAGCGAUGAUGAUAGAUAUGAUGAUGAUAGCGAUGAUGAUAGCUGAUGAUGACGAUGAUGAUAGCGAUGAUGAUGAUAGCGAUGAUGGUAGUGAUGAUAGCGAUGAAGAUAGCAAUGAUAGUGAUGGUGAUGAUAGCGAUGAUGAUGAUAGUGAUGAUAGCUGAUGAUGACAAUGAUAAUGAUAGCUGAUGAUGAUAGCGAUGAUGAUAGCGAUGAUGAUGAUGAUGCGACGCUGCCUCACAGUAAGUCCUUUUCCCCCUCACAAAAAAAAGACCUCUUGAGCUAUUUACGGAAAUACACUCAGCGUGGCCGCACUGCCGAUUUGAGGAUCGCGAUGCGUCAUUGAUCUGCGAAACCGUGGCAUUUGCUUCUCUCGCGCGCGCGUCGCGUAACAAAGGGAAAGAGCGGCAAUCAUUAAAAUUCUGCUUCAAAGCCACAGUGUUUUUUGCCGAGCCCACGUACAGCCGGCGUCGUGGGUCUUGCCGUGAGAUGACGGGCCGUGCGUCCGGGGUACGACGGUCUCCGUGCGCGGAGCGGGUCUCCGUUAACCCUGCAAGGCAGCGCCGCUCCCCAGUUGGCUCGCAGCAAGGUACCAGUACUACCUGCAGCUGAAGAAGGCGGUGGUGGAGGGACAGCUGCUGUGCACCUUCGAGCAGGGCGUCCGUCUGGCAGCUCUCUCCGUUCAGGCAAAUUUCGGAGACCACGAUCAGCGUGAAUCGCAGGACUUUCUCCGAGACUACGUGCUCUUUCCCCUGGCCUGGUCUCAGGAUGAUCGAAUAGUGGAGGAACUCACGCAAAAGGUAGCUGCCUUUCACCAAAAGCACAGAGGCAUGAGGCCAGCGGAGGCAGAGCUGUUGUACAUCCAGGAGGCAGAGAAGCUGGAGGGCUAUGGGGAAGAGAGCUUCUCAGCCAAGGACACAUCCGGCAGCGACGUUCUGCUGGGAACUUCCUACAACGGAGUAUUUGUCCGCCACCGGAACGAAAAACCUCCCGUCACGUUCAGAAAAACCACGAUUAAGCGCCCGCAAGACCCAAACUCACGCUUUCCCUGUCGGAAGUGGAGCAACAUCUCGCACGUGUCUCAUAGCAAGUCCGCCUUGGUGAUCGAGCUCACCGGCCGUGUCGAGAGCCUGCAUUACCAGCUGGAGGACAUCGAGACCGCAAAGUAUCUGUCGCGGGUAAUCGAGGCGCGUCACAAGUUCUACACGCUGAACAAAAACCUCACCAUGCCAAAGCCGCCCGAACCGUCCCCAACCGCGGCGAGGCGCAGGACCACGCUGAAGCGCAUCCCGUCGCAGGUGCAGAGCCAUCCCAUCGUUCCGGCUCCCCUGCAGAUUCCCUACGGCAAUCGCUACCCGGAACCACACCUGGCCUCUCAAGACAACAUCUUCUACCCCAACGAGGACGGCUACUACUACCGCUCGCAGACGAGCCUGGACCACGUGCACGUGAACGGAGGCGGUGGUGGCGGCGGCUCCCGCCUGCCCAACGGCAGCGUGUACAGCGCGCCCAGCGUCAACUCGCUGAACCACUUUGCGCAGGCGUCGCCCAUGUCCUCCGACCUCAGCAUCCCCGGCAGCGAGGGCGCGGCCGGCGUCCCCGCGCGGCCGUCCGAGCCCCUGCAGCAGCGGCACAGCGCGCUCGUCAUGCCCUCCUACCGGCCGACGCCCGACUACGACACGGUGAUGCGGCAGGCCGGACGCUUCGGCAUGCCGUGCCGGGCCGACGGCAACGUGGGGUACGCGGCCGGCGGCGGCGGUGGCGGCGGUGGCGGUGGCGCCGCGCGAUCUGGCGGUGGACCCUGGCUCGGGGAGGCUUACGCUUACGGCCGCGCCGCAACUCUCGCGUACAGCCAGCCGGAAAUCCGGCAAGGCCAGUACGAGCAGCGGCCACCUUACUUCUACCUGCACCAGCAACAUCAGCACCUACAUCAGCAGCAGCAACAGCAGCAGCAGCAACAGCAGCAGCAGCAACAGCAGCAACAAAUGCUGUGCAUCAAGAGCAGCCACCCACAGCUCCCGUACGGACAUCAGCAGCUGCCGCCUUUUGGCCCAGGUGCGCCGUCGCAGCUGUGUGCCACGCAGUCGGUGAUCGGCAACGCGGAGAUCUUCCACGCGGUGAGCACGCCGGAGCUUGCCGUCGACCCGUCGCAGUACCCGCCGCAGGUGGCGGCCAUGCUGCGCAACCACUUCUCCCGCCCGCCUCCGCCCUACCCGACCCCUCGUCCCGCCGCGAGCACGCCGGACCUCAUCAGCCACCAGCGCUCGUUCGCGGGCGCCGCCAGCGCUAACGGCGGGUACCACCACCACCAGCAGCACCACCACGAGCGAAUGUUCGCCGAGCCCAUCGUGCACCCCGUCUACCGGCAAAACACCGUUCCCCAGCUCCCGACCGGCGGGACCGAGUCUCUGACGGCUGCCGGGCAGUCCCCCGCGGAGCUGUGCGAUGCCGCUGGGGUCGGCUACGGCGGUGGCGGUGGAGGAGCGGGGCCGACUCGUGAAGGGGCGCUGGGCUCGUCGUGCAGGAGGGGCGCCGCGGGCGUGCGCAAGCGCUACAGCCUCGAGGUGAACAGCAGCGUGGUGCGGGACAUGGAAGCACUGUCGCUGCGCGACCGCGCCGUGUCCAGCCUGGCCAUCGGAACAAGCAGCCCCUACCAGCAACAGCAGCAGCAGCAGCAGCUGCCGGCGCAUUACUACAACGGGCAGCCGCUCCUCGUCGGAAACGGAGAGCACGCGGACGGGCUCCAGGCACCCCCUAGGCCACCGUUCGAGCUGCCUGCGCAGUCCUACCAGCACAACCUCGCGUAUAGCCCGCAGCUGCAGGCCAUGCUGGCGCGGCUGCCGAACAAGCCCCCGCCGGAAUACCCGCGCCGCGAGGCCACGCUGCCUCCUCCGCCUCCGCCGCUGCCGAUGAUGUCGGGAGGGCGGGCGCCGGGCCACCACCCAUACUCGAACGGUGUUUCAGACGGGAGCGGCGCGGGUGGGGACGGCAGGCACUUUGGCGGCUCGGCGAUGGUGCCGUCCGUGUCGGAGCCCGACCUGAGCACGGCCGUGAAGACGCGGACGAGGGCGAACCCGGCGCGCGAGCGGCCCGUGUCGGAGCUGUUCGCCGUGCAGGACAGCAUCGUGGAGAGGGAGUUUGUGCUGCGUAACAUGGAGAAGAGAGGCUCUGGGCCAGCUGACAUUUCCAAGCUGGGUCCCCUGAAGCUGGCCGCUCUCAACGGCCUGUCCAUCUCACAGCUGCCCGUGCCCGAGGAGAGCAGGGAGGAGACUGCCAGGGGACAGCUGGACGAGAGGUGCGCACGCUUGGAGAAGCGGGUGGCGCGCGGCCUCGUGUCGGCCGAGUACGAGUGCAUUCCGCGCACGCGCCCGGACCCCGUGUACAGCACGGCGGAGCUGCCCGACAACCAGGAGAGGAACCGCUUCGGCGACGUGCUGCCCUACGAGCAGACGCGCGUCGAGCUGCUGCCCAGCAAGGACAACCCGACGGGAUACAUCAAUGCCUCGCACGUGCGGGUGAGGGUAGGUGGUGAGCAGUGGCAUUACAUCGCCACGCAGGGCCCUCUGCCCAACACCUGCCAGGACUUUUGGCAGAUGGUUUGGGAGCAGAGUGUGAGCGUCAUAGCCAUGGUCACACCUGAGCAGGAGAGCGGACGGCAGAAGUGCCACCGCUACUGGCCCAAGCUCGGCUCCAAGCGCAACUCGGCGAACUACGGCGACUACCGCGUCACCACCAAGUUCCGCACGGACUCGGGCAGCUACGCGACGACGGGUCUCAAGGUGAAGCACCUGCCCUCUGGGCAGGAGCGCACCGUGUGGCACCUGCACUACCCGGACUGGCCCGACCACGGCUGCCCCGAGGACGUCCAGCGCUUCCUGGCAUUUCUGGAGGAGGUGCAGUCGGUGCGCCGGCACACCAACUCCAUGCUGCCGCCCCACACCGCGAGCCCGCCCGUCGUGGUGCACUGCAGCGCCGGCGUGGGCCGUUCCGGCGUGCUCAUCCUCACCGAGAUCACCAUCGCCGGCUUGGAGCACAACGUGCAGCUGGACGUGCCACAGGCGCUGGGCGUCCUGCGGGGCCAGCGGAUGCUCAUGGUGCAGACGCUCCCGCAGUACCAGUUCGUCUACCAGGCGCUCAUCCAGUUCCUCAACAACUCGAGGCUCAUCUGACGACGGGCCACCGCCGGGGAGGGGCCGGCACCAGCUCGCCAGGGCCCCCACCAAACCUCGUCGAGAGGCCAAAGUUGUCCUUGGCAGGAGUUCCUUGUCGCGGCCAAAAUGCCUUCUCUGCGCGUUGGGUGCUCGCCGCUUCCUCGGGGCUCCGCCGCAGAAGAGCGGCGUCGCUUGGGAUGAACUUCCACGGCGCUUCUCAUUUGGAGGAGCGAAUUGAAAAGGACACUGAAACUUCUUCCCGUGCCAGUCUGCCCUUUUGGUGCUUUACGCUCGACAAUGUAUGUUUGCCGCCCAGCAUUGCAGUAAGGUUGUUUUGAGAACCGUGCCAUCUCAGUUUGAGGGCAGGCACAACGUCAGCUUUUACAAUCCUGAGAACGGGGUGCUUCCGUGAAUGAAAUUGUUUUGUAUUCUGUAUCAAAGUAUCGCAAUGAAACGCGAGGAAACCUAUCCCGAGGAUGAUACUUCUCGCCAAAUGAAGCCUUGGCUGCUGCAGCAUCAGCCUCCGAAGCGGUUGUGGGGCGACAUCUUUCGUAAUCAUAAGUUGUUUCGCUACAAGUUUUAACUCUCUCGUUAAACCGGCUCUUUUAUGCGUGGUCUUUUUUUUAUAAGCAAAAGAAAAAGUCUUCCCAUGAACUGGCUUUUGUAGAGUGUCUUUUUCGAUGAAUUGUAUUGAUAUUUCUUAGUCCCCCCGUGAGUUCCCAUUGCUUGUUUUUUUAGGCCACUUACAUCUCCUUUAACGAAUGAGUGCCGAGUUCAGUGUUGUUUCUGCCGACGCUUGGGAGAAGUUCCAUGUCUUGGCUCAGUCUGGCCCUGAGCUUCAAAAUGAUUGAUGCUUCAGUCAUUCCCACGGUCCACACGCAUAGGACAGCAACUCUUUCUUCGACAUCCAGCUGCUAAUUAAAGAUGGUUUAAACGCGUAGGUUCCUUUUUGCUGUCGUGCUGCGUAUGUGUCUCCGAUAAUAUUCGUGACCUGCGAUAGCAGUCAAGGGCGGUUGGUCGGUCGAUGCAUUUGUUAGACACAUAUGAAAUGUCCUGUAUACAUUUAGCAGUAUUAUUUACACAUCUUCUCGCCUGCCUGUGCAUUUACCGUAAGGCAGCUAAAUAUUUACACUCGUGUAAGUUUUCUUCUUUUGUAUUUUUUUUCGUCGGGAGUCUGACAGAACCUUUUUUGCCACAAAACUCGUACACAUCGGAGUCCACCGCUAACAACCUUGAUGAACAUUGGCUUGAAUUCGAUUGCAAUAUGAACUGCGUGUAUUGAACUUCUAACAUGAAGUUCCAUGAGGGGUGGGGGGGGGGGUUCUAUUGGGGCACCACGGUGGUGAAAUGUUAACUACCCCACCUAGUAUACAGGAGGUCGUGGGUUCAAUCCUGACCCUGAUGCCUGUAUAUUUGGAGUUUGCGUGUUCUCCCCGUGGUCAUGUGGAUUUUUCUCUGGGUCCUCUGGUUUUUUUUCCCCUCCACAUUGAGAAUCAACGUGCGUUUAGAGUAUUUGUCGACUAUAAAUGUCCACAUGUUAUGCCACUUCGUUGAGCUAUCACUUGUGGCCAGAUCGCUUCUGAAAAAGAGCUGUACGGCUCAGUGGGCCUUACCUGGUAAAUAAAAAAAAAUAGUUGAAUCGUUUUAAAUGCCCUGGCCAGUUGCUGUCAUUGCUCCCCGCGGAUUGGGAACGGUGGCACCUUUUGACGGCGUGAAAGCCGCGGCGACCCUCUUCGCUUUAAAGCAGGUGGUUCUUAACCUGGGGUGCGAGAUGCCCUUUCUUAGGGUGCGAGACAUGGCAGAUUUGUUUAGAAGGUAAAUCAUCGAAACGCAAAUUAAGCACGGGCACGUAAGUGCAACUACUUUGUAUCAUCAAACCUUCUGUGUAUUUAUUAACAAUUUUUUUUUUUUACGACUGAGAGCCAAAGGGGUGCAAAGCUGCAGUAGAGGUUAAGAAUCGCCGCUUUAAAGGGAUCGCAGUGCGUUGUUCCAGUCGUUUUGUAUGGGAAGUCUUCUAUUAACGCUGCUCCCGUUCACGUCGUUUCACCGUAACAUCACCAACGAAUGGAGGGAACGUAAUCCGUUUCACGACAACGUUGUUUUGAACGCUUGAAGCGCGAGAAAGGGAGCAGUAGUAUCCUGGGCGGUGUACGCGAUGAUGCGCUACGCCACGGCGCUCCCAAUGAGGGCGCCCAAGCCUCGGUGUUUACAACAUCGCCAUACUGUGACGUGCGUACGUUGAACUUCUUUCGCACCGUACGUAGCCAACCGUGCUUAUCGGAGGUGCGGGGGAAGGGCAACAAACUUAAACACAAGAAGCAGUUCUAAAAGAAAUGAGUUUCUCAAUCUGGAUCUAAAAAUGCAUAGCUCCAGUGACUCUACUACUCCAUCUAAAUGCAACCUCCGCCGCCCUCUCUAAAAUUACAUAUUUAAACUUGUCAUAUAAUUUCUUUUCGGGGGAAUCUUUUGCUAUUUUUUUGAUACUUCAUAUUUUUCUGAAAAUUCUGAACCAAAACAUGACACCCCCCCCCCAAAGGAACGUAUCGUAAAUGUGUAUAAACAUUAAGUCAAUGGUAAGUUCGGUUUAGAUUUUCGAUGUGUUCCAGGGACACAUCCCCCCAACGUAAAUGGAGGACUUACUGUCUUAAGUAAGCAACACAGGUUACACGAUUCAUCAGUAGAGCUUAGUCUCCCUUUUGUCAAUCAUCGUCGGGUUAAACAAAGUUGUAUUUUAAGUGUUUGUGUAUAUUGUGUACAGCAUAUAUAUUUUAAAAUGUUCAAAACAAUUACCAAAGCUUUGUGGGACCACAAAUGUCCAUGUACUCGUACUAUGUACCUCAGUGAUGCAUCCAUCAAUCCACUUAGCACUUAUUCUCUGAGAUUAAUAAAAUGUGCUAUAAUUGCCAAUGCUAUUGCCAUAGACAAAAUGUUAAACAAAAGUAAAUAUAUAUGUGUAUGUAAUGAUGAGAAAAGCUGGAGACAAUUUUACCAAUAUUUAUCAUUGGGCAUGGCAGGUCGGUUACCUGCAAAAUGCAGUGCUGUUGGGAACCAAACGAGGUUUUACCUUCUGAAUGAAUUUCAAUGUAAUCAUCUCUGAACUUUUAUCCUGGCCAUGUUUAAAUCAAGUGCAGUAACGGUGGUAUGUCUUCAGUGUUAGAUAUGACUUCACUAAGAAGUCAUUUUUAAGGUUAACAUUUUAAAUUUGAGAACAAGGCCAUUUUUUUAAAACAUCGACCUCAGAUAAUCAAACAGACCCACGGUUAUAUAUUGGGUUUGAACUAAGCGAUUAAUUGACACGAUUCAAGGACAAUUCAUCAUUGAAUGCAAGAACUGAAUCCGAACAUGUGGUGAAUGGUAUCGCCUCUUGUGGCUAUACGGGUGACUUGAACCCAUUGCAUACCACGUGAUUACAAUUGUACACAUUUAAACAUUUUCUGAGCAUUAAAUGUGCCUAUCACGAGAUGGACAAUGAAUCGAUGCAUUAGUGUCCGACCCUUGCUGGGUACGAUGAAACUUACCGCUAUUAUAACGCUGCCUAAAAAUAUAUAUAUAAUUGCGCAAUUAACAAGGCAUUCAUUGUUACUAACCAUGACACCAUCCAUAAGUUGUUGAGAAAUAUGUUACGAGUAUUCAUUUUGUAAACCCAAUCUAUUCAAUUAUUUAAUGUGCUUGGUGCUGUAAACAUUUCGCCUGUCGCCGCAGACAGCCGGCAAUUGUGAAUUAUAUUAAUAGAGUGAGGCAAGCAACAACAUCAUCACGUGAUGAGCUCUUCCUCCUUUCGUGUCUGAUGUUACUUGCUCCCUUCAUCUACCGAGGACUUUAUCGCUUUUUGUUUUUUUAGUUUUUGGGGCAGCUUCACGUUCGUUGCCCGUUGGACGACAAAACGAACGCGACAUUCGCAACGCCAAAAUGUUCAGGCAAACAACCAACAAUGAAGUCAAGGAAUGAGCUAUUAAUCGCUUGGCGCACCGGCUCGUAAAGGCACAGACAAUCGAUGGCUAAUGAGGGGCUCGCUCAAGUACAAUCCGCUCCUCUGUCCAAACACUCAAGACGUGCGGCGCAACCCCCCACUACCUCCCUUAAAUAGCCUUCAGCUGAGAUGGGGGGGAGGGGGGGUGGGGAAAUGACAGAUUUUAUUUUAAACAAGUCGGCAGGAAUGAGCAGCGAGAGACGCCGGGGUUACUAACAGAGCAGAGAGAGAGAGAGCGGCAGUUGCGUAAAAUUUGACGCGCAGCAAAGAGAGGAACGCCCCGAGGGACGUGGGUUUCUAAUCGGUCGCGCUGCGCAGCUUUCCAACAAGUCUCCGGGGGGCUGUCACGGCGCGAUGUCCGACGUUUCGCUGCGCGUGCUGGGGAAGUGUGUUUUUUUAAAGAACCGACGCAACGCGCGUGCGGCGUAAACGUCGGGACGUUCUGCCGGCACGACACGCGGUAACAUCCCCCCAGAGGUCGCAAACGGGUUUUGAUUCCUUACCCGUACCCGGCCGCACCAGGGUCGCAAAUGGGUACCCGUACCCGGCCGGGUACGGGUAACCGUUCCCUACCCGUACCCUACCCGAAAUGAGUAACAAACGGUGACUCACCAGUGACUCACGGCCUACCCGUACCCGUACCCGGCCGUACCAGGGUCGCAAACGGCUACCUGUACCCGGCCGGGUACGGGUAGCCGGGUAUCGGGUAGGGUACGGGUAUCGGGUACCCGGUUGCGACCUCUGCACCCCACCAUCCCUGGAUAACCGGCAUCCUCGAGAGAGCUGGGGCACAAUUGGAUAUCGCCAUCGCAGAUGGUCCCGCCGGGUCCGGUCCGGUGUGGAGAUUUAAUCUCGCCGUGCCAAUCCGCGUGCACGCGGUGCCAGUCCACGUGCACGGGGUGCCAGUCCACGUGCACGCGGUGCCAGCCCACGUGCACGCCGUGCCAGCCCGUGUGCACGCGGUGCCAGCCCUCGUGCACGCGGUGCCAGCCCUCGUGCACGCGGUGCCAGUCCACGUGCACGCGGUGCCAGCCCACGUGCACGCGGUGCCAGUCCACGUGCACGCGGUGCCAGUCCACGUGCACUCGCCGUCAGGCAAGGGCUUAGGCACGGGGCGGCAAGGCCGUGUGGUGUUUCUCUUCGGCGUCCUCCUAACUGACCGCCGUGCCGAGGAAUGCUUCACGUUCUCCAGUGGGAGGGCGGGCGGGCGAGGGGGCAAGCAGCUGUUGUCGUUGCUUACCCUGAGCCAACAGAGCAGCAUUAAUAGCUGCCUUGGGCAACAAAAAUGUUGCAUCUCCUCCAUUAGCCACAGCCAAGAACCACUUCCCCCCCCGUGGGCUCCUUUGUAUUUUUAAGAAACAAAAUGCCAUUCAUAAACGAUUGUAUUUAAUUGUGCAUAGUAAUAUUAAAUCGCAGUAAAAAAAAACAUGAACACCCUUUGGUAUGAUACAAUGUUGUCGUUGUUUUUUUACGUUAAAGAGAUAUGCUGUGCUUCGUUUGUUCGUUUGCAGUAUAAAAUAAUCAAAAAUGGAACAGCGUGUAGAGAGUUAGACGUAAUCGUUUAUAAUUUGUGCAAAUCUCUUCUAAGCUAUGCAUGUUUCUGUUUCGCUUUCACCUAUUUAUUACCAUAUCGUCGUGGGCUUCUUGGUGGGUUCCAAACAAAUAUUGUUAUUAUUCUUUUGUUUCUUCCAACCUUUUAUUUGUAACCAAAAAAACAACAGAAACGGUGAGGUCACUUGACAGUAUUUUUUUUGUAAUCGUUCAGUAGACCUACACGCGCUUGUGCAAUUUAGCUAAGCUUU